AUGUCUCUUAUAUUUUCCAUUGUUUUCGUUCUCAUCGUGCAGCACGCAUCAGCUACUAUCUAUGAAUGCUCUUGUCAUUGCCCAUAUGGUUCCAAUUCAAGUUUAGCGUUCGCAUCAGAAAACUCUUCCGAAGCAUGUGUUCGUGCAUGCAUUGCUUCUCCAUUCAAUCCAUGUGUCUCUGCUAAUACUUAUGCGUGUUCGGGAACGGACUGUGCGUAUUCCAGUUCAUACGAUAACUCGACAACGUUUACUGUUACCUCACUGUUCAGAUGCUCUUGCCAAUGUCCUUACGGGUCCAUUCAAACUUCUGUGUACACAUCGAACAACUCUCCCGAAGCAUGUGUUAGAGCAUGCAUUGCUUCUCCAUUCAAUCCUUGCAUCUCUUCCAACACCUACGCAUGUUUGGGAACUAACUGCAUGUAUUCGAGUUUAUACGAUAGUCCAGUAGUAACAAAUACUAUAGUUCAGCGCUUCCAAUGCACUUGCCAAUGCCCAUACGGUUCUACGCCAAGUUUUGCAUACACAUCAGAAAAUUCAUCCCAAGCGUGUAUCAGAGCGUGUAUUGCUUCUCCCUUAAAUCCCUGUAUUCCUUGGAACACCUACGCCUGUCUCGGCACGGACUGUGUCUAUGCUAAUUGGUAUAUACAUUCAAGAAGAAUAUUAGCUGCACAUCGUCCAUGUACGUGUCAGUGUCCAUUAGGUUCAAGCAGAGCAUCAGCCUUUGCAAUAGAAGACUCUUCACAGAACUGCGCGACAGUCUGUAACUCUACCUUGGAAAUCAGUGCAAUGGAAGAUAAUACUACGAUUGAUUCAAUCAUCGAUGAAUUCGAUUCAGUCUACAAUAUCAAUUACGUUGAUACAAAAAGAAAUGAAACUUCUAUUACAACUGGUGGUGUCACAUUUGGUGCAGACGAAGACAAUGAAGUCGUUGAUCCCAAGGAUGUUACUGUUCUCGCUUCCUAUCGUCGCGCUAUUAAUCGACAUAUGUACACAGAUGAAGCACGCUUUGAACAAGUGCAGAUUCGUGUGCGCCACCAUCUUCUUAGAACACUCGGCUGUAAAGUAGCAGACAUAGAGAAAAUCCUUCAAUGGAGUUGGAUACCUCGUGAUAAUUGUGGAUUUCGCUUAGCUGGCCAACCCUUGAAAGUGCCCAUACCUCCGAAUGGAAAGGUCUAUUCUAUGAUCCAUGGCAUAUCUUUUUAUGAUAACGGAUCCUUCUUCUUGAAUUUAACGGAAGCCGACGAGGGCAGUGCUUUGUUCAAUUCUGAUGACGUCGAACUAAUUAUGAAGCACGGCAUUACCGGUGCCAGUUUUUCGUUGGAUCCUCCUUUGGGAUCGGAUCUUCCACAUCCAUUUCAAAAAGCUACUUGGGCUCCGUACGAUACUCUCAACGGUACUGACUUUCUUGCUACGAUGCUUCACGCCGAUCUUUGGUUAAAAAGCAUGAGUUUUCUUGUGGAAGCAUCAGUCAAAUCUCCGUUUCGUGCUUGA